AUGGUUAUCAUACAUUGUCCAAGUUUGGAGUCAUAUUUUGGGGUUAACAAUGUGGUACAAAAAGAAGCCCAUUUUAUUAUGGAAAUUUUGAUCAACAUUGAUGAACCGCUUUCUCCCAUGGCAAGUUCAAAAUUAUUUCGUGGGAAUUCACCAGAAUUGUUGAGACAUAUUAUUCAAUAUUUACGAAAGGAUUUCGAAACACUUCAUUCAUGCGUUUUAGUCAAUCGAUAUUUUUGUCGAAUUACAAUUCCUAUACUUUGGGAAGAUCCUUUUUCAGUUAAAUGUAGAAGAGGAAAUAGUUAUAAUUUUCUUGAUGUUUACUUUUCAUAUUUUAAUGAUGACGAUAGAACAAGUUUAAAGAAAAACGGAUUUAUAAACAAUCCAUCUCCAUUCUUAAAACCCUUAUUUGAUUACCCAAAUUUUAUUAAAACUUUAAAUAUAUCUCGAGUAACUUUGCACGUGGAUAAUUAUUUAAAUUAUCCUAAUAAAUCAACCUCUUUAAACAACGCAAUUAAAUUUGCUUUUGGUUCAAUGCUUGAAGAAGAUUAUAGGAUAUAUCCGAAUAUUCCAAGAAUGUCGAGACAUACUGGACAUUGGAACUAUUCAAAAAAAGAUUUGAUUUACAAGAUUUGUAUUAUAUUGUUUGAUUUAUUUAUAAAUCGCGAUGCUUCUUUAAACAAUUUUGUUAUAAGUAUCGACAAGUCUAGAGAAAAUUUUUUAAUGAACAGAAUUUAUAAAAAGAUGUUAAAUGAUGCAAAAUUUAUAUCAAAAGUUGAAGAUAUUAACCUAAGUUUAUCAACAAUACCAACGAUUUAUCCAGAUCCUAUACCUAUUUUUACAUCUUUACCGUCAUUAAUACCUUCAAUUAAACAUUUAAGAGUUUGUAAUUAUACGAACCAAUUAUUUGCAAAAAACUUUUUACAAUCACAAACACAACUAUUAUCACUUUCACUUAACAAUGCGUGUGGCAUAGAUAUAGAUUCCUUCAAGUAUUGCUUUAAUACUUUAACUAUAAUUAAGUUUGAAUAUUGUCCUUUUAUAAAUUUUUUGUCAUUAGAUGGACUCAGAAAUCUCACACAACUUAAAUCACUUCAUAUCGAUAGAUGUACCGGAAUUACAAGUCGAUUUCUUCAACCAUUACUGGACAUUCCCACCCCGUUAAAAAUCAAAUCGUUAAAAGUAAUUGGUUUAUUCCCAAAACUUGCUUUAUUACUUCAAAAAAUUGGUUCUUAUUUAGAACAUUUAGAAUUAUAUCUAUUUGAUGAUGACGAAAGAGAUGCUUCAUUUGAGAGCAUUAUGAGAUUUUGUGAUAAAAUUAAAUUUCUAUAUUUAUCUAACUUUGAUCAACAGAAUGUCACACAAUUAUAUGAGUUGAUCACUCAUGUUAACAAACAUCUGAGAUACCUUUCUAUUAGAAAUGAAAGGUUAUUUCUUAAUGAUAAUUACUUUCUACCUAAAAGUUGUAAAAUAAUUAAUUCAAUGAUUUUUAAAGGUUUGGGUCAAAUAUUACCAGAUUCCCUGGAAUAUUUAUGUUUAGAUUUCGAGAUUAAACCAAAAGACUUGAAAGUCUUUUUGGAUCAUUGUCAACACGUUGGAUUGAAAAAAAUCUUAGUUAGAAACGAUGAUAGAAAUUUUAUAGAUGAGACUUUUAGAAUUUUAAAAGAAUUUGUUGAGGGAAAACGGGUAAAAUAUUUUGCUUAUGAACUCUCUAGACCUAUUAAGCCUAAACAUAGUAAAUAUCGAAAUUUAAAAAUGUUGGCAAGUGAAGUUCAACCUUUUGUGAAAAUGAGAAAGUAUAGUGAUUUAAUUAUAACAAUUUCGGAUUUUUAA